AUUUAGCUUAACUACUUAGCGGGCGCGUUCCUGGCCUUGGAGACUAGUUAAAAGCACUCCGCACCCGCGCCACACCAGAUCUGCCUUAACGCAUUUAGAUAAAUAAAUAACUAUGCCAAUGCAGAUCAUUAUUUGUCAUGCGUUGGGUGGAUUUAUAUUCUGUUCUUCUUGGCCUCCUCGAGAAUCAAACUCGAUUACGGAUAUCGCGUCGACAGCCAGACUGAAUGUGCUUGUUGUGAAUUUUCCUUUUCGAGUGUUUGCUUUGAAGUUGAAUAAGUACCGGGGAAAUUUAAGCCACGGGUUCCUCGGUCGCCGGGAGAGUCUAAUCAAGAGUAAUUGAUGUCUGCACCAGAAUAAUCUCGGUGCUUUCGGGGCGGAAAUUCGUGGCUUUACCUUUCCAUGUACUUGGCGUACAAUAGGGAUUGUGCCGAUCCAAGGGAUUGAAUACAAGUG